AGGCAACAGAGGGCAACAGUGGCAGUCCGAGGCUCAAGCAUGCAGAUUUUGCCUCGUACUGGCUCUCCGGGCCCAGAGAAGCAAAAAGAAGAAGAGCAGAAGAAAGAAAAAGAACGAGAGGAAGUAGAGAGGAAUGAAGAGAUUCAGCUCUUGCAGGGUCGCUGUGAAGAACAGGCCAGGCAACUACAGACUCUUAAGACAGAACUGAAGAAAACCAGCAUGAGUCUGGAGGUCUUUGUGGUCUGCACUCAGCACUUCGCCCUCAAGAGUGAAAGUGCAGAGGAGAAGGAGAGAGAGUUGUCCCUGGAACUCAGUCGGAUUCAACAUGAAGUGGCCUUUAACGCAGCUCGCUGGGAGCGUCUCCAGAAGGAGAAGAGAGAGCUGGAGGAGUGUUUUGAGAGGGAGCUGAGAGAGUUACAGGUCCAGCAGGAGUUUGAACUCACUACCAUAGAGGAGAACCUGAGACUACGGCACGCUUCAGACCGAGACCAUCUCAGAGCAGAGCACCAAUCAGAGGUGGAGGAGCUGCGCACACAACACCAGGAACAGAUUGAAGAGUUGACUGCCAACCAUGAGGCCGCCCUUGAAGACCUGAAGACCAUGCACAACAUCACUAUGUCAACACUGCAGGAAGAGCAUGCCAGGACCAUGAGGGACUUAAGGAAAGCCCAUGAGCAGCAAAAGGCCAGUCUAGAAGAUGACUUUGAGAAACUGCGCCUCUCGCUUCAGGACCAAGUGGACACUCUGACUUUCCAGAACCGGACUCUGAAUGAUAAAGCCAGGCGUUUUGAAGAAGCUCUGAGGAAGAGCACUGAUGAACAGAUUGUGGAUGUGCUGGCGCCAUAUCAGCAUAUAGAGGAGGACUUGAAGAGUCUGAAGGAGGUUUUGGAGAUGAAGAAUCAGCAAAUUCAUGACCAGGAGAAGAAGAUCUGUCAUCUGGAGAAAGUGGUAAGCUCCAAGUGAAUAGAUGAGCAGGAUAAACACACUGUGCAGGAGAAUUGU